AUGCCGCCCAGAAUACCCGUCGCGCAAUGCCUACGGGUGCAGAGUGCAUCAUCACGCGCCUUCUCCUCAACAUCCCGAUCGAAUGCCUCGACAGUGGCGCAAAAGAGAAAGCACCGAGAUCCAUACGCAAUUGCCCAGGCGAAUGCAAAGAAAGCUGCGAAWCUGAGUCGACAAGAGGUACUGCGGGUGGAAAGGGCGGGAAACCUGGGAGAUCCUAUUCGAGGCACGACGACCCCAUUUGUACAAUCAUUUGACACGGCCACUCCCCCGACCGAAUCAUCGAAAUCAUCCACCACCGACAAUGACAAUCACCUCAACUUCUAUCUCAGCAAAGAUGAACUGGAGCAGGGCGUCGAGCACAGCAAAUGGCUGACCCAUCCCCUUCCCGAGGACCUAUCUUCCACAUCCUCACAGCCCCUCGACAUCUCCCUCGACAUCUCUCCCGAAGAAACUAACCUAACAUCUCCCACCGACUACUCCGACGCCAGCAAACAGAGACUCCCCCCGGACGUGGCCAACAGCUUCAAAGACAUAUUGUCCAGCUUCUCCAACGAGUCGGACGCCCAAAAAAAGGAAUGGGAAGAAACCAACCGCAGCAUUCUCACAGACCUCACGCCCGAAGAACGCUCCAAGAUUCUGGAAGAAGAACACAACACCGCUCAAGAAGCCCUCCGCCGCAUCUCMUCCCUCUCAUUAUCCUCCUCCGCCGACCGUCUCCGCAUCAACAAACAACGCUGUAUUGACGUUUUUGGGAGACACAAUACCGACCACUCCCUCCCACCCAAACCCGCUGCCGCUAACCCUCAUGUCUUGCAAAAGGGUGAGCGCGUAGGUCCAGAUACGGGGAGCUCGGAGGUUCAGGUGGCAAUUCUGACGGCCAAGAUUCGAUCUCUGGCCGAUUUCUUGGAGACUAGAGGCACGACGGACAAACACGGCAAGAGAGAUUUGCGAUUGUUGGUGCAUCGACGGGCCAAGCUGUUGAAGUAUUUGAGGAAGAAGGAGAGGGGUGGGCCGAGAUGGCAGCAUCUUGUCGAGACGCUGGGAUUGACGGAUGGGACGUGGAAGGGGGAGAUUACGCUGUAG